GAGAGAGAGAGAGAGAUGGCUCCUGUGGGUCUUCCUCCAGGCUUUAGGUUCCACCCUACUGAUGAGGAGCUCGUCAACUACUAUCUCAAGAAGAAGAUCCAUGGCCUCAAGUUAGAUCUCGACAUUAUCCCUGAGGUUGACCUCUACAAGUGUGAACCUUGGGAAUUGGCAGAUAAGUCCUUCCUCCCUAGUAGAGACCCUGAAUGGUACUUUUUUGGACCGAGAGAUAGAAAAUACCCUAAUGGAUUUCGAACCAACCGUGCUACAAGAGCUGGAUAUUGGAAAUCAACAGGUAAAGACAGACGUGUCUCUUCACAAAAUCGAGCCAUCGGAAUGAAGAAAACAUUGGUCUACUAUAAGGGUCGAGCUCCACACGGUAUUAGGACUGAUUGGGUCAUGCACGAGUACCGCCUAGAAGACAAAGAAUGUGAAGAUGCAAUGGGAAUUCAGGAUUCCUAUGCGCUCUGCCGGGUUUUUAAGAAAAAUGUGAUAUGCACUGAUGUCGAAGAACAAGGACAAUGCAGUCUACCAUUGACAGAAAGCCCUCAAGCAAUUAAAGAGCACGAAAUUACCUCACCAGAUGUUCCCAUGCUAGGAUCUUCAUCUUGUAUUGAAGAGGAUGACAAGGAUGAUGCAUGGAUGCAGUUCAUCACUGAAGACGCUUGGUGUUCUAACAAUGAAGGUGGCGAUGAAACCUCUCCAUGCGUGGCGUUUGCUAACUGAUUUACUUGUGAAGUUUUUUCUUUUUCCUUUUCUUUGUUUGUCUCGUUCUUUCUUGGGACGAUAUUACUAUGUGGUAAACUAAUAAUAUGUCUGGGUUAUGAUUUUUUUAGGUAAU